CUGGUAGCAGCCUGCGGUCGUUCAGUCCAGCGCGAUGCCUCGAUUCACCGUCCACGUCCGAGAUGAGUGGCUCACCGUUCCGUGUAAAGAUGUCACCUGCACUGUUAAGUGGCUGGGCAUGGAAACUCUCAAGCGUUACAUUAAGAACAAACCCGACAAUGGAGGAAUCCAUCCGGUCAAGGAUGUGUGCUUUUGGGUUAGAAGAUGCCAGGGUUUGGGUCUGCUGGAUAAUGAUGAUAUAAUAGAAGACGUCCUGGAGGAUAAUGACUUUGUUGAGCUUGCUAUUGAAGGGGACACUAUGCCACAAGACUUCAUACCAAGCCAACCCGGGGCUUCACAUCUAACAAGAGCCUACAGAGAACCAAAUGACUAUAUUUCUCUAGAUGGAAACAGCUUGAGCUCAACAGAUCUGGUUAAUUUAGGGAAAGGCCUCUAUAAGAUAAAGUUGACCCCAGAGGCUGCACAGAAGGUUGUGGAGUCAAGAGAGCUUCUGGAUACCAUUGUGAAAGAAAACAAGGUUGUGUAUGGAAUCACUACAGGGUUUGGCAAAUUUGCACGGACUGUCAUUCCAGUCAGCAAGCUCAAUGAACUUCAGCAAAAUCUGGUGCGCUCGCAUUCAUCAGGUCUGGGAAGACCUUUAACUCCAGAAAGGACCAGAAUGCUUCUUGCUCUGAGGAUCAAUGUUUUGGCUAAAGGUUACAGCGGUAUUUCUCUUGAGACUCUUCACAUCAUGAUACAAGCAUUCAAUGCUUCCUGUUUAUCCUACGUCCCAGAGAAGGGCACGGUAGGCGCAAGUGGAGAUCUCGCCCCACUUUCCCAUCUCGCCCUCGGCCUGAUGGGAGAAGGAAAGAUGUGGUCGCCCAAGAGCGGCUGGGCGGAUGCCAAAUAUGUCUUGGAAGCGCAUGGUCUGAAGCCCAUAUCUUUGAAACCAAAGGAGGGUUUGGCUUUAAUCAACGGGACCCAGAUGAUCACUUCAUUGGGGGCAGAGGCCGUGGAGAGGGCCGAGGCCAUCGCCCGCCAGGCUGACAUCAUCGCUGCCCUGACCCUUGAGGUUUUGAAGGGGACCACCAAAGCCUUUGAUAGCGACAUCCAUGAACUCCGUCCUCAUCCAGGACAGAAAGAGGUGGCCCUGCGGUUUCGAUCCCUUCUGGAUUCUGAUCACCACCCGUCUGAAAUAGCAGAGAGCCACAGGUUUUGCGACAGGGUUCAAGACGCCUACACCAUGCGUUGUUGUCCGCAGGUCCAUGGAAUUGUGAAUGACACAAUAGAGUUUGUCAAGAAAAUCAUUAAUACUGAAAUAAACAGUGCCACGGACAAUCCUAUGGUGUUUGCAGAAAGAGGAGAGACCAUAUCUGGUGGAAAUUUCCAUGGAGAAUAUCCAGCAAAGGCACUGGAUUAUUUGGCGAUCGCGGUGCACGAGUUAGCAUCUAUCAGCGAGAGGCGCAUCGAACGCCUUUGCAAUCCAUCGCUCAGCGAACUCCCUGCGUUCCUGGUCAACGAAGGUGGCCUGAAUUCUGGUUUCAUGAUCGCCCACUGCACCGCCGCAGCUCUUGUUUCAGAGAACAAAGUGCUUUGCCACCCCUCCUCUAUUGACUCUCUUUCAACUAGCGCCGCCACUGAGGACCACGUGUCCAUGGGAGGCUGGGCGGCCCGCAAAGCCCUCCGAGUGGUUGAGCACGUCGAACAAGUGCUGGCGAUUGAGUUGUUAGCAGCGUGUCAGGGUAUUGAGUUCCUACGCCCCCUGCGUACGACAACCCCAUUGGAGAAAGUCUACGACCUUGUGCGCAGUACAGUCAAACCCUGGUUUAAAGACAGAUUCAUGGCUCCAGAUAUUGAAGCUGUGCAUCGGCUUCUUGUGGACCAGAAGGUGUGGAACAUUGCCGGGCCGUACAUCGAGAAAUAUUGCAUGGAAUACAUCCCAGAGUCCCGCCCCUCUUCCCCGACAGCCUUUGCUUUGGACCCGCCUCCAUCGCCACGGAAACGUGUCAGGCUGGAGUGACAGAGCCGGCACCUCUUUACAUUAUCCUAGUGUCUCACAUUUAAAAACAUGCAUUAACAUAUAUUCUCUUUUUGCUGGUUAAGGUGUGUUCGUCCUGGAAACAAGUUUGUUGUUGAGACAUGAAGUAUUUGUAAAAUUUGCUCAUCCAGAUGCAGUAUCUUCAUUCACUUUUAAAAUGUUAGUGAAUAAAUGUGUUUGAAUAAAUGUUUGAUUUUCAUUCUAACAUUCCCAGGCGUAAGAGCAUCACACUGGGAUGCUGGGAGAUUAGUAAUACAGAACCAUUGCCAGAAAAACUGAAUCUAAGAUUACAGAUUAAAAAUAUUUUGACAGCUGG